AUGGACGAGGCAGAGUUCCACAAGCGUGCAACUUCGAACCUCAAAGGAACCGAAGAUCCAGAGAUCAGUACCAAGGUCGAGGAAUUCAAGAAACUUUCGUGCUACGUUGCUGGAGACUAUGAAGACGAUGCGGCUUAUCAAAAUCUUAACCGAGUGAUAGAAGAUAUCGAAUCAAAAUACAAGAGCCCGGAUCGUCAUCGCUUAUUCUACAUGGCAUUGCCACCAUCGGUGUUCAUACCCGUAGCGAGAGGCUUGAAGAAGAACUGCUACUCCAAAGAUGCCAUAACUCGUGUUAUCGUCGAAAAGCCGUUUGGAAAGGACUUUGACUCGUGUCGUGAACUACUCUCUGCACUCCAGGAACAAUUUACCGAGGAAGAGACGUUCCGUAUUGAUCACUACCUUGGGAAAGAGAUGGUCAAGAACAUGCUCGUUUCAAGAUUUGCAAACACGGCCCUUUCUGCCGGCUGGGAUAAGAACUCUAUCAGUAACGUACAGAUUACGUUCAAAGAGCCGUUUGGCACGGAGGGGCGGGGUGGCUAUUUCGACGAAUUCGGAAUCAUCCGUGAUGUCCUGAGUAUCCUCACGAUGGAGCGCCCAGUGUCGUUCUCUGCGGAGGAUAUUCGAGAUGAGAAGGUUAAAGUACUACGCACCAUCCCACCCAUCAAGAAGGAAGAUGUGUUGGUCGGGCAAUACGUCUCUGCCAAUGGCAAACCGGGUUAUCUGGACGACAACACUGUUCCACCCAACUCGAAAUGUGCUACCUUCGUCGCUGUUGUCCUUUGGAUCAACAAUCCUCGCUGGGAGGGCGUUCCAUUCAUCAUGAAAGCCGGAAAGGCUCUCAAUGAAGCAAAGGUGGAGGUACGAGUUCAAUACAAGGACGUGACACAGGGUAUCUUCAAGGACAUUGCCCGAAACGAACUCGUGAUGCGCAUCCAACCAUCCGAGGCCAUCUACCUCAAAUUCAAUGCCAAAACGCCCGGUCUCUACUCCAAGUCUAUCCCAACAGAGAUGGACUUGACGUAUAAGCGCCGGUUCGCAGACGCCAAAAUCCCAGAGGCGUAUGAAGCACUCAUUUUGGAUGCACUCCAUGGCGAUAAAUCCAACUUUGUGCGUGAUGAUGAACUCGAUGUGUCAUGGAAGGUACAUUUUCACACCAAUUCUGCACUGGCUAGAGGGGAAAGAUGGACAGUGUCCCCGGCCGCUUCCCUACCCUUACGGCUCGCGCGGGCCGAAGGAACUAGACGAUUCUUGGCCAGUGACAAAUUUGGCGCAAUUGCAAAAAGAAAUGAGAAGUCUUUGCAUCUUUCGAAAGCGUAUGCGGUCGUAUAUCUUGGUCCAUUGUUCUACGGGUGGUCAUAUGAUCUGAGACUCCGCCUCAUCCAGCCACCAAUGUCAGCUUCUCAGCCUCCGCCAUUGUCGACAAAGGCCAGGUGUUUUGAGCAAUAUCGUCCCUGCCACUCUCAUAUUGCAUCGUAUGGAUAUUUUGGACGAGGAAAAUGCGAUACAAGAUGCAGUACAAACUUUUUGGAAAUUUCAACUGUACCCAAGACGUCAACCAGGCUGCAUCUCUCACUAGGGGCAAGAUCAGAUUUAGGGCUAAAAAGUAGCAAAUCACUGAGAUUAGCGAAGAAAUUUUGGGUGGAUAAGUGGAGGUGCCUCACCCCUAAUAAGGAGGUUUUAAGUGCACAGAACUUAACCUUGGCCCUAGUGUCUUGCGCUUUUGUCGAAGCUGGAGCAUGCCGGCCCGUCAUCCACCAGCAAGAAGGCUCGAAAAGGAGGGGGGUGAAUGCAUUGGCGAGCAAAGCAUCGAACGGCAAGAAAGAGGGAACAAAGGAGAACGAUGAGCCAGUGUAUGCUACCAUUGCAUCAUCCUGUAACGCUAUUGUGGCCCAUGCCAUACAAUGCGACAUGCUCGCGGGAUAUGUGACCAACAUGCACAAGUACAAGGAACAUUCUCAAGAGUGGCAAAGGGAAAUCAUAAGUCUGAACCCAACCACAACUACGAUGUCAAUCGCCCAGCCCUUCCCCCUCGCCAACCCGUACGGAGUCGACCAGAGACCCGCCAGAUUAGAA